GCCCUUCCUUGACGUUUUAACGCAUGCGCCACAGGGGCUUUCGAGUGAAAGACAGAGGCGCGUAAGCAGAGCUCUUCUGCACAUGUAUUCAAUGGUAUGUUUAUAGGUGAUUUGGUGCAGUUUCGAUUUCUUUUGUACCGAUAAAAAUUGAUUCCUAAUGGAGGAGGUAGACGUUGAGCCGGCAAUUACUAACAUCCCUGUUAUCAGACACGGGAAACAUAUGGGAUUUGCAUGGGGUCCUGGUGAUAUCCUUGUACAUGAGACCAUAUACAAAGCUUCAGGUGCUUCAGGACCAGGAUGCUCUUUCAUCCAUGAAGUCAGGAAAGAUGAAGAUAUAUAUUCCCCCAUUUUACGCAAGCUCUUUAAUGAGUCACAUCACAUCUUUGUUGGCUUGCAGACCAUCGGAGAAGACCUCCCCAGCAAGACCAAGAAACCCCAAUUUGUCAGCAUCAGUAAAAACUAUAGAUCUGUGAUCCGAGCCUGUAUGGAGGAACUGCAGCAAGUUGCUGUUUCUACAAAAGAUGCAGAGAUGGCAAUGCAGUAUGGAAAUCAGGUGUCUAUCCUCUUGGCCAUAGAACUGAUCUGGAAUCUGUGUGAAGUGCUUUUCAUCGAUGCUGCUCCUGCGGGCUCUCUUUUGCUUCAUCUGCUGGACUGGGUAAGAUUACACAAAGCGGAUGUGGAUGAGAAGGCCAGGGACGUGCUGCAGAGCGACAACCCUGCUGAGCAUCAAGACUACUGGGAUGUGGUGCUGAGUUACGUGCUGCAGGGCAGGUUGGAAGAAGCCAGACAGAUGCUGGUGAAGCAGGCCACUCUUCAGCCUGCUGCAAGGAACAUGUACAAACUGAUGGAUAGCUUACUCAGCAAAAUGCCUUUUUACAAUCCUGGUGGCUCUCAGACUUUGACAGAAUUUGAUGUAAAAUGGAGGCACUGGCAUGAGGAAGUGGGGCGCUGCCUGCAGGACAAUUCGUUUGCUAGCAACCAACAUCUGGAGCUCAUUUGCAAGAUCUUGCUGGGUGAUGAAGAUACUUUGCUGGAGCAUAAAGAACUGCUGAGUACCUGGUAUCACUUCCUUGUCACAAGGCUACUUUUCUGCCAUCCCACAGUAAAACCCACAGAGUUGCAUUACUAUGCACAGUCAUGCAUGACCAUGUUUCUGGACUCAAGAAGUGUCCCGGAGCCUCUAGACAGCAUCUUACUAGCUGCCUUUGAAUUUGACAUCCAUCAAGUCAUCAAAGACUGCAGCAUUGCUCUGAACAACUGGUGGUUUGUGGCUCAUUUAACAGACCUGCUGGACCACUGCAAACUCCUCCAGUCUCACAAUCUACACUUUGGGUCCAACUUGAGAGAGUUUCUCCUGCUAGAAUAUGCGUCUGGUCUCUUCACACAUCACAGUCUUUGGCAGCUGGCAGUGGAUUAUUUCGACCACUGCCCAGAGUUUGGCCGCGUCUAUCUGGAGUUGCAGAUCGAGCGUGUCCCUUUGGAAACGGAGCGCAAAGCCCUGAAAGUCCUCCGGAUUUGUGAGCAGAGGCAAAUGUCAGAACAAGUGCGGAGUAUCUGUAAGAUCAUGGCUAUGCGGGCUCUAAGAAACAACAGACUGGGUUCUGCUCUCUCCUGGAGCAUCAGGGCCAAAGAUGCUGCUUUCGCCACCCUCAUCUCAGAGAGGUUCCUACAGGAUUACUGUGCCAGAGGGACUUUCUCUGAUCUGGAUCUGAUUGAUAACUUGGGUCCAGCAAUGCUGCUCAGCGACAGACUCACUUUCCUCGGGAAGUAUCGCGAGUUCCACAAGCUGUACGGAGAGAAGUGUUUCAAGGAGGCUGCAAAGUUGCUCCUCUCCCUCAUGACAGCCAAGAUUGCUCCCCGAAGCUUCUGGAUGACUCUGCUGACCGAUGCCCUGCCACUGCUGGAGCAGAAAGAGGUGAUCUUCUCUGCAGAUCAAACCUAUGAACUGAUGUUCUGUUUGGAAGAGCUCACCUCCUCAUUGAACGCUGCAGCUCCCGGCACUGACAGACCCAUGCAGGAGGAAGACGUAGAGCUGACUAAAGUGGAGCUCCUGAGACUCGCUCUGGCCAGGAAUCUGGCCACGGCCAUCGUCAAAGAGGGGACAGCGGAAACAUGAGGGAGGCUUGACAUUUAAAGAGAAAGAUUUUUCAUUUUUUUUUGUACUGUGUGUAUAUAUAUAUAAAAAAUCGAGCAAUCCAGAUGUUUUGAUAAUAAAAUACUUUUCAUGU